UUCCUCGCGCAGCGGGAUAGUUUUCUGGUCGCUGCUAGCAACCUGCCGCCCGCCUGUAACUUCUCCUCUCCUCCGGACGCUGUCAGUUUUUAAGCCGAGCUUCCUUCAACAUGUGUGCGAGGACGAAGCCGUGUGGACGGUGAGCGCGGCGCGGCCCCUCGGCUCGGUGUCUCCCCGGCUGCAUGGUGCUCUCCAAACGUCCGGGGUUGCGGUUUGGCCUCCAGCCGCGGCUGCGAAUUGAACUUCAUUCCUCAGCGUCGCCCAGCUCGGUUUAAUUUAUAAAAAUGGCGGUGCGGGGGACACUGUGAACUAAAUGACUGUCAGAAACAUCGCCUCCAUCUGUAAUAUGGGCACCAAUGCCUCCGCUCUGGAGAAAGACAUCGGCCCAGAGCAAUUCCCGAUCAAUGAGCACUACUUCGGAUUGGUCAACUUCGGAAACACGUGCUACUGCAACUCGGUGCUGCAGGCCCUCUACUUCUGCCGGCCGUUCCGGGAGAACGUGCUGGCCUACAAAGCCCAGCAGAAGAAGAAGGAGAACCUGCUCACAUGUCUGGCUGACCUUUUCCACUCCAUCGCCACGCAGAAAAAGAAAGUGGGCGUCAUCCCGCCCAAGAAGUUCAUCUCCCGGCUACGAAAGGAGAACGAUCUGUUCGACAACUACAUGCAACAAGAUGCCCACGAAUUCCUCAACUACCUGCUGAACACGGUGGCGGACAUCCUGCAGGAGGAGAAGACGCAGGAGAAGCAGAACGGGCGCCUGAAGAACAACGGCACGGCUGUCACCGCCGAGGCCGAGAUGGAGAACAAAACGGAGCCCACAUGGGUUCACGACAUCUUCCAAGGCACACUGACCAAUGAGACGCGGUGCUUAAACUGUGAAACAGUCAGCAGCAAAGAUGAGGACUUCCUGGAUCUUUCCGUGGACGUGGAGCAGAACACAUCAAUAACACACUGUCUCAGGGACUUCAGUAACACAGAGACUUUGUGCAGUGAAUACAAAUACUACUGUGAAACAUGCUGCAGCAAGCAAGAAGCACAGAAACGGAUGCGAGUGAAGAAGCUUCCCAUGAUCCUGGCGCUGCACCUGAAGAGGUUCAAGUACAUGGAGCAGCUGCACCGCUACACCAAGCUCUCCUAUCGGGUGGUUUUCCCUCUGGAGCUCCGCCUCUUCAACACAUCUGGAGACGCAGUAAACCUGGACCGCAUGUACGACCUGGUGGCAGUGGUGGUUCACUGCGGAAGCGGGCCCAACAGAGGUCACUACAUCACCAUAGUGAAGAGCCACGGCUUCUGGCUUCUGUUCGAUGACGACAUAGUGGAGAAAAUCGACGCCCAGGCCAUCGAGGAGUUCUACGGACUUACCUCGGACAUUUCCAAGAACUCCGAGUCGGGAUACAUCCUCUUCUACCAGUCGAGGGAGUGACGUCGGUGCCAGGCCAGCGACUGAGAGAAGACCGAGUUACUUUUAAUUUACUUUUUUAGCAUAAGAGACCCAGACCCACAUUCACUCCCUGCUCCUUCCAUCUCUCUGACAUGUGUGCCAAUUCUCUUCUGGGUGGUUUUUUUUUGUUUGUUUGUUUCAUCUUUCCUUCUCCUUUAGUCUUUUAGUCACCUGCAUCUGGACUGCACUUUACUAAGGAAAAGCAAAAACUCUCAGCAGUGUGGCGUUGCUGCUGGGAGGCGUAGAAACCUAGUAGCCUGGGGUUAGGCGUGUGGACUUCACUGACCGUUUCCCCCAGUGGUCAGAAACUGAACCAUAUCAGAUAUAAUUAUGUAAGGUCCGUCAUGUGCAACCCAGUUUGUGUUUCCUCUCAUUAGGGCUAUGUCUGUUCCCUAUUUGUCUGCUACUUUUUCUGUCUUUUAAGCGACUGGACAUAGCUGGAGACAAACACUGUACGACCCACAGAGAAAUCUCAAUCUGAAGCAGCAUCUGAGCGUUAAUCUGAGACCACCGAAGCUGUAACAGAUUAGCUGAUCGAUCAGAACCUUUGACACUAACUGAGCCACAAACUCUAAACGCUACACCUGCUUUUUAGAGACGCACCAAUCGGGGGCUAACGUGCCGAUGCCGAUCAGCUCUGAUCCGCUGUUGACCAAAUCAAAUUUUGUGAUACGAGACUUGGGAGAUGUUUGGAAAGAAAAAACAGGAAAAAUGUGUUGCAGCUUGAUUGACUGCAGUUUUGAUUAACACAGAAAAUGAGAGAACUGUCAAAUGAUCUCCAUUUUAUUAAGCUGAGAAAAAGAGUGGUUGGUUGGUGUGUUUCUGAAGCUAGAAGAUGAAUUUAUUAGAUUAGAGCUGAUUGUUAACAGAGCACUGCCUGAAUAAUCUCUGGCCAACUGAUUGGUGCAACUCAGAUUAUUUUCCCGUCAAAUGGAUGUCUGGAAUUGGCUGAAUUUUUGUUUUUUGUUUGGAAAGAAACCAACUAUUUAUUGACUUUAUCAUAUUUAUUCUGUUUUUUUUUUUGUUUUUUUUUUUCAUGCUGACAGAUAAAUGACGGUGUGUUGCCUAAGCUCCCAGGAAACACAUUCCACAACGGUAUAACCUCUUGAUGUGCAUCGAAAAGUCAAACUAGUGCAAUAUGUGAUGUUAGUAACAAAUGUGGAGAAGAUGGAACAUUUGCAUCUUUUUGUUUUUUGCUUGUUUUUGGAUUUGUUUAUUCGUUAAUCAUUUUCUAGUGGGGCGUGUCGGACUGUAUCAGAUUACAGUGGAUAUCGAUAUUCUACACUCCCCUUUUAUUUAUAUAUACAUAUAUAUAAUGUAAAGCGAUGACAUAUCCCGGACAAAUGAACAGGAAAACACAUUUCUUUGGGAUGAACAUAGUGGACGUGAAAAAGCAGCCACAACCUGGUUGCACAAAUAUGAUCUCACCUUAAAGCUGCAGUAUGUAACUUUUAUUUUAAAAAAAACAAAAAACUGUAAUUUAUUUAUUUAUUUAUUUUACAUAUUUGUUAAUUAUAGUUAGUCCCCCACAGCUGGGCUUGGUAUGAAUGCUAAGGCUAGUUAGCUAGACGGCAGACCAACAGUUUUCCUGUGGCGGUAAAAAGUUUCUUCCACAUGAUCACGUUUAGCAGCGCGUCAACUGGUAUGAUUGGCAGCACUAAGACACUCCUCCUGCCUCAGAUUGGCUGUUUCUGACUGGGAGUGUUGCAGUCUGCGUUAGGAGGAAGGGGAUUUUUUUAUAGAUUAUCUGUCUCAUAUUGUCACUUUUAAAAAAAUUAAUUAAAUUUUUUUGUUGUAAAAGUUACAUACUGCAGCUUUAACACCUAUACUUGAUGAUGCACCUUUUGAUUGUAUUCAGGAAUUCAGCCUUCUUUGCCAGGAGUUUGUAGGCAUACCUACAUCCUGACUUGGCCAUACUUUGAAGAAAAGUAACCCCGGGGUAUGAUGCUGCCACCACCAUGUUUCACUCUGGAUGUUGCAUCUUGUGGCUGAAAGUUCAGUGUUGUUUUCAUAUUUGCGAGGACUGAAAAAAAAAAAGUCCAGUCUUUGUCAGUCCCCACGUUAGUUCUAGUAAUUAUGACUGUUUUCAAUAUGCCACUUUUCUGUACCUCCUGGUGACUGGUGUCUAUGUACAAUUAUAUAAUCCGUCAUCCUUUAUUACUUCUGCAUUUAUGGAAGUAAAUUCUAAAAGCUGAAAUACUUUCCAGCUCAUCCUGAUCCAACAGGUGGCAGACGAAUUAAAGACGAACGCUGAAAUGGAAUCAAAAGGUGCUUUAAUUAAGCAUUAGAUGAAGACCGGGCACAUUUUUGCAAACAGGUUUAUGGAAGCUUUGGCUGCAUUUUCACCUCGAAUUGAUUAGUUUUUCAGUUGAAUCACAGGAUAUGUGUCACAUCGAAGGUGGGAAUAAUAUCAACGUCUUAUUAUAAUGGUUCCAGUUUUCAUGACUUAAAGCUGUCAUUUUAACGAGGGGAGGUAUACGUUUGAGAUGUGCGGUAAAUGUUUCUCUUGAACUCGCCCCACCUAUUGGGAAAUGAACUACAUAUCUCUUUGGAGCUGCACACAGAUGUUUUUGCGUUUUGCUGUUGUUGUUGUUUUUUUUUUGGUUGGUUUUUUUUAUUUAGUUUGUUUUUCCAUAUUCCUACAUUGAACACCAGCUCGCUUGUUUCGUCUUGGUUUUUGUCAGAUUUUUCUAUGUAGCACACUGGACUCCUGAAAGCCAAGGAUCCUUGUGAAUCCUUUGUACUGUAGAUUUUCAUCCAUUAUUAGGAGGGUUCCUUUUAUUAUUAUUAUUAUUAUUAUUAUUAUGGCUGUUUCCUGUAGAUAAGUAAAAUAUCAUACUUUUUUUUUCCUUCGUUUUGACAUUCCUGUUUGCUGCACAUAAGUGAGAAAUCACCAUUUCACACAUCAUAGAUAAAAGGUAGGAUGAAUAAUUUUGCGUGAGCGAAGCAGGAGAGGCCGAGCUGAAAGUGAAGAAUCGGAUGUUCUCUCUCGCUCUCGUUCUCCACCACCGGAGGAAAUUGUGCCAAACCGGAUUUAAAUGCUGACUUUGCAGCCGUCUUUGGUGGAGCUUUAUUUUUUUCUUCUUCGUGAAGACACACUUGUGUAGAAGAGUACCUCUAAUAAUAGGAAAUAUUUUUUUAAAAUGAAGAUAUGAAAAUGGCGAAGAUCUUAAGCUUGAGUCCAGUCGGCAACAAAGAAUAAAAGCCUGCCGUUUUACAGUCACAACCGCGUCAUCAAAGGAACGCGCCGACGCUCACGUUUGUCACGUUGUUCUAAUGACGGUAAUGGGUUCGGACUGUAGAAAACUGCGGCAGGAGCCGAUGUGAACGGACUCGUAAACAAGCCGAGCUUCCAUUAACUUAUGCACUCUUCCUCACCGGGACGCCCAGUCGUGUCCUGGGAGCGCGUCUUGGCGUUCUGCACCGCGUCGGACAUGUCUGGGCCUCGGCGAGGGGAUCGGUGAGACAAACGCGUCUCUACAUGGCAGAUAAUUGCAAGUGCACUUUAUCAGUGAUGAUUCGAGGCUUUGACAAGAUGAGCCGCAGUGUAACAUCCUCACAAUGACCUUUUUUCUUGUGUUCAAUAAAAAUGACAAUGAACUGA